AUGGCAGGUAUUGAGGCUACCGGCACACAGCUGGCCCAUGUUGGUGCGGGCAGUUGCUUAUCAGGCAAAGAGAGGGCUGCUUUAGAAGCGGCAUCACCAACAUCGCCACCAGCAUCAGCACCACAUUUCUCUUCUGCUACAGUGCCCCCAUCACUUAUGACCAUUGCCAGUGCCCAUACCCGCACCACGUGCAGCAGCAUACUCACAGUCCCAGACGUGGCAGAGUCAACUAACACACUCCAAGGGACAGAUACAACCUCCCCCACCGCCACCUCUCCCAAUUCUACCUUCACCAGCAACGGAAUCCACACCAGCCCGACCCCAUCGUCCGCUUUCCCCGGCCCCUUUUGCUCAGAUAACCUUUUCGGCCUUUGGCAAUGCUCCCUCUUCUCCUCGUGUGUGAUCAGUACUGCACAAUAG